GAGUGCGCGAGGCGGCCCGGGUUGUGUGCACUGGCGGAGACAAAGCGGUGGCUGAGGUGGCAGUGGCGGCAGCGGCAGCGGCGGCGGAGCAGCCCUAAACGCCGAAGUUUGUGGUGCUGAGUCCGGUCACCAUCUCAUCCAACGCGGCGCGCGGGCGGCUGGUUUCGCGGCGGCGGCGGCGGCAGCGGCGGAGGCGGAGGCGGCGGCAGCACAUGGUUCCAAGAGCGCGCUGCGGUUGUUGGGUUCCAAUUCCGUGGGGAGGGACAAAGGCAGCUGUGAGCGCCGGGCAACGCCCGGUCGGGUGGUGCGCUCGCCACUGUCCUCGAUCCGGGCCUUGAAAGCUGGGACUAACUCCUCCGUGAGGAGGAGACCACGGGACCGAGGCCCAGUCAGGGCCUUAGAGGCUGAGGCCGGUGUCUGAGGGAAGUGGGGGAGGGGCGCGGCCCGCCUGAGUUAAUUUGGGCGGGUCAAUUCUGUGUCUACUUAGUGGGUCAUUGUGAGGUAAUUUGACCCACUACCCUGACGAAAUUGGGGCACACAGCAAGCUAGGUUUGGUCCGGGCUUUGAAAACAGAAAUCGGUCUUCAGCGCUUAGGAGAUCUUUCAGUUAGGAGGUGGUGAAGCCGGAACUAACGCCAUAUGCACUUCAUCAACAUCGUGGUCACCAGUCUGGGGCUAAUUUAAGGAUCCUGGGAUCAUUGAUGGCGAAGACAUGGGUGGUUGUCCAGUUUUAUGACUGAAGUUGCUAAAUUUCCGGAUUGGUAAAUUUCCUCACAGGAAAUUUAGAGGAACAACAACAAAAAAGGCUCGAAGAACAUGAAGAUGGAGCAGUAAUUAAAACACCAACUCCAGUAUCAUCUACUCAAGGACCGACCACAUUCCACUCCGUGAACUGUCACAAAUUAACGCUGAAGCUCCUUAAGACUACACGUUUAUGACGUAGUUCCUUCCAAGAUAUUACAUCAUAGUCAUUGAGAAGAUUAAAAAAAAUGUAAAGGAGAAAUCGAUUUUUGUUUUAGACAUCUUUUUGAAUAUAUCUUGGUUAGAUACUAGAUAACCUUGUUUAACUAAGGAGCACAGAUUUACCAAACCUUUACUGGAAGGAAUCCUGAAAAAUCUGUUCCAUUGUAAGCUUAUAGUUCCCAGUUAGUGGGUAAAGAACUGGAGACCUCAUUGCACUCAUGGCUUUCACAAAUUACAGCAGUCUGAAUCGAGCUCAGCUAACGUUUGACUAUCUACACACAAAUUCAACCACUCAUGAAUUCUUGUUUGGUGCUCUUGCUGAACUAGUUGAUAAUGCAAGGGAUGCUGAUGCCACCAGAAUCGAUAUUUAUGCAGAAAGGCGAGAGGACCUUCGCGGAGGAUUUAUGCUUUGUUUUUUGGAUGAUGGAGCAGGAAUGGAUCCAAGUGAUGCUGCUAGCGUGAUCCAGUUUGGGAAGUCAGCCAAGCGAACGCCUGAGUCCACCCAGAUUGGGCAGUACGGGAAUGGGUUAAAAUCGGGCUCAAUGCGCAUUGGGAAGGAUUUUAUCCUCUUCACCAAGAAGGAAGAGACCAUGACCUGUCUCUUCCUGUCGCGUACCUUUCACGAGGAGGAAGGCAUUGAUGAAGUGAUAGUCCCAUUGCCCACCUGGAAUGCUCGGACCCGGGAACCUGUUACAGACAACGUGGAGAAGUUUGCCAUCGAGACGGAACUCAUCUAUAAGUAUUCUCCCUUCCGCAAUGAAGAGGAAGUGAUGACUCAGUUCAUGAAGAUUCCUGGGGACAGUGGAACGCUGGUGAUCAUCUUCAAUCUCAAACUCAUGGAUAACGGAGAGCCAGAGCUGGACAUAAUCUCAAAUCCAAGAGAUAUCCAGAUGGCAGAGACUUCUCCGGAGGGCACGAAGCCAGAGCGCCGCUCCUUCCGUGCCUAUGCUGCCGUGCUCUACAUUGAUCCCCGGAUGCGGAUCUUCAUCCACGGGCACAAGGUGCAGACCAAGAGGCUUUCCUGCUGCCUCUACAAGCCCAGGAUGUACAAGUACACAUCAAGCCGGUUCAAGACCCGCGCGGAGCAGGAGGUGAAGAAAGCUGAGCACGUGGCACGGAUUGCUGAAGAGAAGGCAAGGGAGGCGGAGAGCAAAGCUCGGACAUUAGAAGUGCGCCUGGGCGGAGACCUCACACGGGACUCCAGGGUGAUGUUGCGACAGGUCCAGAACACGGCCAUUACCCUUCGCAGAGAAGCUGAUGUCAAGAAGCGGAUCAAGGAGGCCAAGCAGCGAGCGCUUAAAGAACCCAAGGAACUGAACUUUGUUUUUGGGGUCAACAUUGAACACCGGGACCUGGACGGCAUGUUCAUCUACAACUGUAGCCGCCUGAUCAAGAUGUAUGAGAAAGUGGGCCCACAGCUGGAAGGGGGCAUGGCAUGUGGCGGGGUCGUUGGGGUUGUAGAUGUGCCCUACCUGGUCCUGGAGCCUACACACAACAAGCAGGACUUUGCUGAUGCCAAGGAGUACCGGCACCUGCUGCGGGCGAUGGGGGAGCACCUGGCGCAGUACUGGAAGGACAUCGCCAUUGCCCAGCGGGGAAUCAUCAAGUUCUGGGAUGAGUUCGGCUACCUCUCUGCCAACUGGAACCAGCCUCCAUCCAGUGAGCUGCGUUACAAACGGCGGAGAGCUAUGGAAAUCCCAACCACCAUCCAGUGUGAUUUGUGUCUGAAGUGGCGGACCCUCCCCUUCCAGCUGAGUUCUGUGGAAAAAGAUUACCCUGACACUUGGGUUUGCUCCAUGAACCCUGAUCCUGAGCAGGACCGGUGUGAGGCUUCUGAACAGAAGCAGAAGGUUCCCCUGGGGACGUUCAGAAAGGAUCUGAAGACACAGGAAGAGAAGCAGAAGCAACUGACAGAGAAAAUUCGCCAGCAGCAAGAGAAGCUGGAGGCCCUGCAGAAAACCACACCCAUCCGCUCCCAAGCUGACCUGAAGAAAUUGCCCUUGGAAGUGACCACCAGACCUUCCACUGAGGAACCUGCACGUAGACCUCAGCGUCCUCGGUCACCUCCUUUACCUGCUGUGAUCAGGAAUGCCCCGAGCAGACCCCCUUCCCUGCAGGCUCCCAGACCAGCCAGCCAGCCCCGAAAGGCUCCUGUUAUCGGCAGCGUCCCAAAGCCUCCUGCCUCGACAGCACGGGAGGAGGCCAGUACUUCCAGGCUGCUCCAGCCUCCUGAGGUGCCCCGAAAGCCUGCCAACACUCCAGUCAAGACUGCAUCCCGGCCCGCCCCUCCCGUGCAGCCACCAUCACCAUCUCUGCUGCCCAACUCCAAGAGCCCUCGGGAGCUCCCCGCCCCCCGAGCCAUCAAGACUCCAGUGGUCAAGAAGCCGGAGCCGCCCAGUAAACUCUCCCUGGCCACUCCUGGUCGGAAGCGGAGUCUUGGGGUCUCUGAUGAGGAAGAAGCCGAGGAAGAGGCUGAGAGGAGGAAAGAGAGGUCCAAGCGGGGCAAGUUUGCCGUGAAGGAGGAAAAAAAGGACUUGAAUGAGCUCUCAGACAGUGCUGGGGAAGAGGACCCAGCUGACCUCAAGAGCGCUCAGAAAGAUAAAGGGCUGCACGUGGAGGUGCGUGUGAACAGGGAGUGGUACACAGGCCGUGUCACAGCCGUGGAGUUGGGCAAGAACGUGGUGCGGUGGAAGGUGAAGUUUGACUAUGUGCCCACGGACACGACACCAAGAGACCGCUGGGUGGAGAAAGGCAGUGAGGAUGUGCGGUUGAUGAAGCCCCCUUCCCCGGAGUAUCAGAGCCCGGACACGCAGCAGGAGGGCGGGGAGGAGGAGGAGGAGGCAGCAGUGGCUCAGCAGGCUGUAGCCAUGGCGGAACCCUCCACCUCAGACUGCAUUCGCAUUGAGCCCGACACCACCGCCCCGAGCACCAACCACGAGACCAUUGACCUCCUCGUCCAGAUCCUUCGGAAUUGUUUACGGUACUUCCUGCCUCCGAGUUUCCCCAUCUCUAAGAAGGAGCUGAGUGCUAUGAAUUCAGAUGAGCUAAUAUCGUUUCCUCUGAAAGAGUACUUCAAGCAGUAUGAAGUGGGGCUCCAGAACUUGUGCCAUUCCUACCAGAGCCGCGCCGACUCGCGGGCCAAGGCCUCCGAGGAGAGCCUGCGUACCUCCGAGAGAAAGCUCCGCGAGACAGAGGAGAAGCUGCAGAAGCUGAGGACCAACAUCGUGGCACUCCUGCAAAAGGUGCAGGAGGAAUCUGUGGUUCCAACCCUGGCUGCACAGCAUCCUGACCAGGAGGGCUGGAGGUGGUGCGGCUGCCUGGGCCUCAUCCCAGCCAGACCCAUGGACAUAGACAUUAACACAGAUGACGAGCUGGAUGCCUACAUCGAGGACCUGAUCACCAAGGGGGACUAAGAGGCCUGGAGCCAGAGAUCAGCUCCCCUGCCCCUCAAGGCAGAGCUCCUGGGGGUGGAGUUUCAUUUAUGGGUUGAUGGACUUACCUUGGUUUGACUCACAUGGGAUAUUUGUGCUUUUGGAGGGAAAGAGACUCUGAUUCUUUGAAUCUUCCUCCCUACGUUUAUAAAUAUUUAUUUUUUAAAAGAAACAAGAUGCUGUGCCUGCUGUGA